AUGCGGCUGCUCUCUUCUACACAGAUUCUAGCCUCGUGCCUCCUGCUCGGUCACGCAGUCCAAGCUUCCUCUAUAAGACCCGACAUCCGCGCAGACACCAACCGCGAUGGAGUCGUGGACCUUGAUGGAGACUCGGACGUGUACGCCAAAGGCCGUUGGUCUGAAUCCCGCGGUGCAGUCUUCCUCGCAAAUGUAGGCGACAAGUACCGUCGCUGUCCAAACGAGGAUCUGGCCGGCAACCCGCUGAGCAACGAUGAGCUCGCCUACUGCAACGACGCCUCGGGCCACCUCCUUCUCGCGCCCGAAUACGUUGCACCGGUGCGAACGGUUCCUCUGGGCAAUAUUUCCGAGGGCGUGACUGCGCACAUCUACGCGACCCCUCGUGAAGCCUACGAGCGGGUCCGAAUCUUCCUUCUAGAUGACAUUGAGAACCCCAACGCGACAGAAUCAUGGAGACUGAUCGACCGCCAAUUCAACUUCAACGCGACGCAGCUCAGCGCGGGCCUAAUCCUCGGUAUUGACGGGCGCGAGUUUGUUAAGGACAAGGAGAUCUGGGACGGCCAUGUUACCGUCAACUUUGACGUCUACGAUACCCCCGGCUCAUCAAGCCACGUCAGCGAUUCAGUCGCGCUCAAGGUUGCACCCGUCCUAACGCACCACCACCUGCAGCGCGUGGAACAGCUUGUAACAACCGAAGCAAACGACACGAACCCGAUCCAGCAGUACUUCGUCCAGCAAAUGGACGCCGCCCGCGAAGCCGCCGGGAUCGAAACCCCGCUGCUUCUAUUCAACCAGUCCUCCGACGUCUGGGCCCAGGAUAUCCUCGAGCCCGCGUACACAAGCAUGCCGGGCCCCAACGGCCCCAUCUCACUACGCAUAAUGCUUCGCUCCGCCCAAUCAACACGUACCGGCGGCCGGCAGAUAAUGGAACAGCUCCGCGGCCCCGGUGUAGGCUCUUUCCAACCAGGCAGCGCGUCGGGAAUCGGCUUCGCGGCCUCGGGCUUCGGAUACCACACCAUCAACAGCUACGGAAACCUCGAGACGAUUCCGCCCUAUCGCUCGAAGUCGGGUGUUCUCUACAAAGCGGGACGAGUUAUCCAGGGUAAACAUUACGAGGAGUAUCCUGCACAAGCGAUCCGUGAUCUGAUCAUGGGCCAGGACGUGCAGAAUACGCUUUUCCUCGAGACGGGGUGGUUGCGUGUGGGGCAUGUUGAUGAGUUCGUUCAGUUCUUGCCCUACGAGAAUGAUCUUGGUUUCACGAUCGGGAUCGCGAGUCCGCGCGCCGCUCUUGAGAUACUCUACAGCGCGCAAUCGAACGGGCACGGCGGGGUUCCCGCUAUAAGCUUCGACGCGGAACCGCAACUCCAGCGCUUCGACGAAGAAAUGCCCCCUUUCCUAAACAUGACGAUCGACGACGUACUUGCCAACGAAACAUUCAUCCAAGUAAACACCUACGCGCAGAAAUGGAUCGACCAUAACCUCGACAUCCUCCUCGGCGACAUCCCCCUUGCGCGCGACGACGUCAUCGAAGUCCCCGGUCUGUACCACGAUACGUCGACAGGCGGUACAUACGUUCGCCCCGACGGGCUGGAUUACUACUGGCCGCCCGUGCUGGAGGGCGAGUACCAGCUCGGCGCGUUCAUCCCCGGUCCGAUAAACGGCGUUGUUAUCGGGAGCCAUUAUAUCAGUCCGAAUCCGUUUGGGCCGGUUGUUGACGGGGUGGAUGUUAUUGCGGCUGCGGUGAAUGAGGUUUAUGCGCGGGCGGGGAUGAAUGUUACCUUUGUCGAGGAUUAUUUCAGUCAUCAUUUGAGUAAUGGCGAGGUGCAUUGCGGGUCGAAUACGCUGAGGCAGACGGAUCUAGUUUGGUGGCAGUAG